AUGACGACAUUGUGGUGUGUUCUCCAAGACCUCUCGUGUCUUGUGAAGGGGUUGGUUGUCAUUUCUCGGGGGUCGCGGGGUCGGGAGCUGCUCCCUACGGUGGCAAAACUGGAGAGCGGCGGGAGCUGCCCUGCCCUGUCCUGCCCUGCCCUGCUCGAAGCAUCCCGGCUUAACAUCAGCCGGGCUGGGGCUGGGAAAGAGGGGCUGGGAAGGGGCAUCCCGCGGCCAGGAGGGCGCAGUUUGCGCUCCUCACGCCGCAGCCUGCGGGCAGAGGCGGCCAGCUCGCCCGCUCCCCCCGGGCAUCGCUGUCUCAGGGAAGAGAAGGAGGAGGCCCGCAGCGAGGAGCGGGCGCUGCCGCCGCCCGGUUCGGCGCCCCGGCGCUGCCCCUGCGGGUCGCGGCGGCGGGUGGCCCUGCGGAGCCCGCAGGUGGCUUGCAAGGCGGCCUCGGCCGUGCUGGUGAAGACGCUGCGCUUCGUGCAGAACGUGCCCUGCUUCCAGGAGCUGCCGCUGGAGGAGCAGCUGCUGCUGGUCCGCAGCUGCUGGGCGCCGCUGCUGCUGCUGGGGCUGGCGCAGGACCGGGUGCACCUGGAGACGGUGGAGAGCGCGGAGCCCAGCAUGCUGCAGCGCAUCCUCACGGCCCGGCAGCAGGGCGAGCGGGCACCGGCACCGGCACGCCCGCACCUGCCCUCCGCCGGCCACAUCCAGGCUAUCAAGGGCUUCCUGGCCAAGUGCUGGAGCCUGGACAUCAGCACCAAAGAGUACGCUUACCUCAAGGGGACGGUGCUCUUCAACCCGGAUCUACCUGGACUGCAGUGUACACAGUACAUUGAAGGAUUGCAGAGGGAAGCACAACAAGCUCUAAAUGAACAUGUCAGACUCAUUCACAGAGGUGAUGAAGCCAGAUUUGCCAAGCUGAAUGUUGUUCUCUCCUUGUUAAGAUCUAUUAAUGCUAAUGUGGUUGCUGAAUUAUUCUUCAGGCCCAUCAUUGGAGCAGUGAACAUGGAUGACAUGCUUUUGGAAAUGCUUUGUGCAAAAUUAUAAGUAAAAUUAUAAAGAUGUGUAAAAUAAUGAACAGAAGUCCAGUGCAACAGAAGUCCCAGAGCAGGAUAGUGUAAAGUAUUGUAAAUAAACUAACUUAUUGUUUUUACAUAGAUAGUAUUUUUGUAUUCCAUAAUAAAAUAUUCUUCAAGUUCUGAAAGUAAUUUUUAUUAAACACUGUGGUUUUAGAAUAAGGUUAUGGUCAUCAGAACAAGCUUUAAGGUUGUAGAGAAUGUUCAUAUCCAAA